AUGAGCUUUUAUGAAAGAUGUGAUUACUGGACGUCUGCGGCGGUGCGGUCUAUUGGAGCUCCUACUUUUGCCUUUGGUAUUGUACUUAUUAUUGGUUGUACUCUGUCGGUUGCUCGUAUCGCUAUACCUUUAGUAGCAGAAAAGGGAUCUAUUCUCUUUAUAUGCCUUUGUUUUAUCUGCAGUGUCUUCUCGUUUUGUAUUCUUUUUAAUUUUGUCGCGGCGGGUGUAUUUCGUGAGCCGUUGAUUUCUUCUGCAGAGACAGAACGAUUGGCGUGUGAGGCCUCGCAAUUACCACCACGUCAACAACAACAAUUAUUAGAUGAACCGGCACGAUUUUGUAAAACUUGUGAACGAUAUAAAGCCCCACGUGAACAUCACUGUAGUGUUUGUAAUCGUUGUGUAGCGAAGAUGGAUCAUCACUGUCCAUGGAUUAAUAAUUGUGUGAAUUCUGAGAAUCAUCGAUACUUUUUUCUCUUUUUAUUAUAUCUAUUUAUAGGAACUGGCUGUGGUGUUGUAGUGGUACUUCUACCAGCCUAUUGGCGUCUCUCUAAUGAGAAUAAUAGGGAUGAAUUGAAACCACCAUCUUAUCGUGAACCGAAGAUUCAUAUGUUUCCUUUACUGCUAACGUUAAUUCUUUGUGCUGCCAUGUUUAUUUGUAUGAUUUUCUUUUUGGGAUGGAAUACACUACAUGUCUUUCGUAAUGAAACCCAGAUUGAACGAUCUAUUGUUCAAUUUAAGGAAAAUCUCUCGUACGGUGGUCGUUCUAUUCCAUUUCGCAAUCCAUAUGAUCUUGGUCGUUGGCGUAAUGUUUUGUUUUUACUUGAGACUCGUGGGGAUCCACUCAUUCGUAGACUGAAGAAGGGAGAAAAUGUGGUGAAUGUAAAACUUCUUCUUUGGUUAAUUAUUCCAACACUGCGGCCCUCCGCGUGUGAUGGGGUGCACUUUCCAACCUUUGAGGAAGAGAUCCUGUUGGCAGUGUAG